UCCCUCUCCCUUUACUCUCCGAACCAGAGAAAAAAAAUGGCGAGUGAGCGUAACUGGACCGAUCUGCUCCACUCUUCCACAAAGCUUCUAGAACAAGCUGCUCCUUCUGCUCAGUUCCCUCCUCUCCAGAGGAACUUAGAUCAGUUGGAAGCAUUGUCCAAGAAGCUUAAGGCUAGAACAUUGAGAACAGAGGCGCCUUCUCAGUCUAUUGCUGCAACAAGGCUUCUUGCUCGUGAAGGGUUAAAUGCUGAGCAGCUUGCAAGGGAUCUAAAGUCAUUUGAAUUGAAGACUACUUUUGAUGAUGUUUUCCCUGCUGAGGCGACAACCGUUGAAGAGUAUCUGCAACAGGUUCAUGAAAUGGCAAUUGUGUCAGCCAUCCAAGAAGCUCAGAAGGAUAACAUCAAAAGUUUUAAUGAUCAUAUGAUGAAAGUUAUGGAGGAGGAUUGGCAAAAGGAAAAACGUGACUUUCUUCAAAGCUUGAGCCGGAUUGCGACGUUACCCAGGACGAAUAUGACUGAUGCGAGUGCUGUGGGUACUCUUCCUGGUCAAGUAGCAUCUGUGGCUUCAAGCCAUCAAGUUUCUUCAGGUCCCUCUGGAAUGGAGAUUGUUCCUCUUGCUAAUAACAAGCCAAUUAUCGAGAAAAAAGCUUCAGCAUAUGGUGAAGUAGUGAAGAAUCUUAAUAACUCUAGGGAGCGUGGUUUACCAUUCAAGCCUGCUACAGCUUUCAAGAGUGCAUAUGAAACUUUGGGCCCAGAAGCAUCUGGUGGAAAAUCCGUUAAUAUGCAGAAGAUAUGGCACCUCAUUCAGACAUUGAUUGGUGAGGAUUCAACUAUACAAAGGGGUGUUUCAAGGAAAAUGUCACUAAUAAUCGGUGCCAGGCGCCACCUUGAGUGGGGACAUGAGAAAUAUAUUAUGGAUACAAUACAAAGUCAUCCUGCACAGGCUGCCCUUGGUGGUGCUGUUGGAAAUUUACAAAGAGUUCGCGCGUUUCUUCGGAUACGUUUAAGAGAUUAUGGUGUUUUAGAUUUUGAUGCUGGCGAUGCUCGCAGGCAGCCUCCAGUUGACACUACUUGGCAGCAGAUUUACUUUUGCUUGAGAACUGGGUAUUAUGAAGAAGCCAGAAAUGUUGCACUAUCAUCCCGUGCAUCACAGCAGUUUGCUCAUCUGCUCACAGAGUGGAUUAACACUGGAGGUAUGGUACCUGCGGAGAUUGGAGCUGCAGCUUCUGAAGAAUGUGAGAAAAUGUUGAGAAUGGGAGAUCGUGUGGGUCGAGCAUCAUACGACAAGAAAAAACUGUUACUUUAUGCUAUAAUAUCCGGUUCUCGAAGGCAUAUUGAUCGCCUUCUAAGAGAUUCGCCUACGCUUUUCAAUACUAUAGAGGAUUUCCUAUGGUUCAAAUUGUCUGCUGUAAGGGACUAUCCAAGUGGAGCAUCGUCAUCUGUGGUCUUGAAUGACCUGGUGCCAUACAGUCUGGAUGAUUUGCAGGUCUACUUAAAUAAAUUUGAGCCAUCAUAUUACACGAAAAAUGGAAAGGAUCCUCUGGUAUACCCAUAUGUCUUGCUUUUAAGUAUUCAGUUGCUUCCGGCUAUUCUACAUCUGUCUAAGGAAGCUAGAGAUGAAGGAUAUGACAUUGAUGCGGCCCACAUAUCAAUUGUUCUUGCCGAUCAUGGGGUUCUUUCUGAAGGUUCUGGGGCUGGACAAAAGGUAGGGGUGAUGGAUGCUUAUGCAGAGGUAUCUAGUAUUAUAAGGCAGUAUGGCUCUGCAUACCUUCGUCAUGGAAAUCUCUCAAUGGCAUUAGAAUAUUAUGCGCAAGCUGCUGCUGCUGUGGGUGGUGGCCAUUUGUCUUGGGUUGGGAGAGGUAAUGUGGAUCAGCAAAGGCAGAGAAAUUCGAUGCUGAUGCAACUUCUUACUGAGUUGUUGUUACGGGAUGGUGGAAUUUAUCUCUUACUUGGACCAAGAGGUACUGGAGAGGAAGGGGAGUUGGGACGCUUUUUGACUGAUUAUAGAGAAAGACAACAAUUUCUGCUUGAAGCUGCCCGGCAAUGCGAGGAAGCUGGCCUCUAUGACAAAUCUAUAGAGAUUCAGAAGAGGAUUGGAGCAUUUUCAUUGGCACUAAAUACGAUUAAUAAAUGUCUCUCUGAAGCAAUUUGUGCUCUCUCAAGAGGUAGAUUGGAUGGUGAGAGUCGUAUGGCUGGCCUCAUUCAUUCCGGAAAUGAGAUUUUGGAGACAUACAAAUAUUAUCCUGAAGUCAGUCCUCAGGAGAGAGAGAAUGUUAUGGAGCAACAAACUGUGUUGAGACAGCUUGAGGCUAUAUUGACUGUCCACAAGUUAGCGAGGAUAGGGAAUCAUGUAGAUGCUCUAAGGGAGGUUGCCAAGCUUCCUUUUCUUCCCUUAGAUCCACGAGCGCCAAAUGUCAAUGCCGAUGUCCUUCAGAAUUUAUCUCCUUAUGUCCAAGCCUGCGUGCCAGAUCUCCUGAAGGUUGCUCUUACUUGUCUGGACACUGUAGCAGAUUCUGAUGGAUCUCUGCGUUCCAUGAGGGCAAAGAUUGCGCAAUUCCUUGCAAACAACAUGAACAUGAAUUGGCCUCGUGAUUUGUACGAAAAGGUUGCUCGAAGUUUGUGAAGCUGCUCGAAGACUUAUGAUGAAGUGAAGUUUUUUACAUGCGAAGCUGCUUGAAGACUAGUGGCAGUUUUGUUAAGAAAACGAUUGGAAUGUUUUCAAUCUAAUGGUGAUGACUAAUUUGUUAGCGACAGAACAUAAAGAGAAGAAAUGUAUCUGCAGAAGUUAACUGCUCCGAAUUUCGCCGCUCUUUCUUGUGAGCUUCUGUCAAUAUUUUUCAUUUCGGGAUACAAUGUGUACUAAUUCUACAUGAGAAGGAAAUUAUUGUGUUAUUUCAGGCUUUGAAUUAUUGUGUUA